AUGAAACUGUCCGCCACCACUCUUACCGCGGCUUCAUUGAUCGGUUAUAGCACAAUCGUUUCCGCUUUGCCGUAUGCGGCUGAUAUUGACACAGGAUGUACUACUACUGCUCAUGGUUCACACCAGCAUAAGAGGGCCGUUGCAGUUACAUACGUUUACGAAACAGUCACUGUCGAUAAAAAUGGUCAGACCGUCACUCCAACCUCAACUGAAGCCUCUUCUACAGUUGCUUCCACUACUACUCUGAUUUCCGAAUCUUCGGUCACCAAGUCUUCUUCCAAAGUUGCUUCUUCUUCUGAGAGUACUGAACAAAUCGCUACCACCUCGUCUUCGGCUCAAACAACUCUGACAUCUUCAGAAACUUCUACUAGCGAAUCCUCUGUGCCUAUUUCCACAUCUGGGUCAGCUUCCACAUCUUCAGCAGCUUCCAGUGCAACUGGAAGUAUCUACGGUGAUUUGGCUGACUUUUCAGGUCCAUAUGAAAAAUUUGAAGACGGUACCAUUCCUUGCGGCCAAUUUCCAUCUGGUCAAGGUGUUAUCCCCAUCAGCUGGUUAGAUGAAGGUGGCUGGUCUGGUGUUGAAAAUACUGACACUUCUACGGGUGGCUCUUGUAAAGAAGGGUCUUACUGCUCAUACGCUUGCCAACCAGGUAUGUCCAAGACACAAUGGCCUUCUGACCAACCAUCUGACGGCAGAUCCAUUGGUGGUUUGCUAUGUAAGGACGGCUACCUGUACCGUUCAAAUACAGAUACUGACUAUUUAUGCGAAUGGGGCGUUGAUGCCGCUUACGUCGUCUCUGAAUUGAGCAACGAUGUUGCUAUCUGCAGGACCGAUUACCCGGGUACCGAAAACAUGGUGAUUCCUACAUAUGUGCAAGCAGGUGACUCUUUACCCUUGACUGUCGUUGAUCAGGACACCUACUACACUUGGCAAGGAUUGAAGACAUCCGCGCAAUACUACGUUAACAAUGCCGGUAUUUCUGUCGAAGAUGCUUGUGUUUGGGGUUCUUCAAGUUCAGGCGUCGGUAAUUGGGCUCCAUUGAACUUUGGCGCUGGUUCUUCUGAUGGUGUCGCCUACCUUUCUUUGAUUCCCAACCCAAACAACGGUAACGCAUUGAAUUUCAAUGUCAAAAUUGUCGCCGCUGAUGACUCUUCUACAGUCAACGGUGAAUGUAUCUAUGAAAACGGUAGCUUCAGCGGUGGCUCUGACGGUUGUACCGUUUCCGUUACUGCUGGCAAAGCUAAGUUUGUUCUAUACAACUAA